AUGGAUGCCGAAAGAGGUUUCUUUCUGAAAUUAUUAAGCUUCAAGCAAAGAACACCUUUCGGAACUAUCCGCAUCUACACCGAUGGCAGCCGCAUCGACGGACAUGUCGGAGAAGCGGCCAUAUCGCCGGCACUCCAAAUCGACGGUGUCUGCGCGAAGCGGACCGAGUGCAUGGGCACAUCCGACAUCUCUACAGUGUACUCAGCCGAGCUCAGAGGCUUAGCGCUGGCCUUGAAAAUGGCGCUUGACGUGAGCCUGGCGACACACUGCGCCGGAAAGUGCACAAUCUCUACCGACAACCAGGCAGCCAUCCAGGCGAUGCGGAACCUGAAGCACCCAUCGGGACAAUACAUCCUCGCGGAGGCCAUCCAAGCGCUCGACGAGCUGCGAGGCCACGGCUGGGACAUGCAAUUCCGAUGGAUUCCAGCACACGUCGGGGUGCCCGGGAACGAGGCCGCCGACAAAGCGGCCAAGGAAGCCGCCGGCCACAAUGCAAAUUCACGACAGACCGCCGAACCGCCGCCGGAACCAGAGCACCUGCGAGCGCUGAUGGCGCCAGCCAAAUCCGCCAUUCGCAAGACCAUGAAAGCCGAGUGGAAGGCAUCCUGGGAGACGGCCAAGCACGGAAAGGAACUCUUCCGCCUUGGGGUCAAGCCAGGCAAGUGGAAGGAUGCGCAUCUGUGGAAGGAUGCUCCGCUCCCCGAAUCAUGGCUGCCGGGUGGCAAAAGGGCACUAUGCUCGCUGUGGGAAGAGUAUAAAAACCUGCCUGUUGCUGGCCCGGCUGCUGGUUCUAAGAGGGCCAGGACUCCGGAUGAAUUCGAGCGUGAAACAGAUAUGACGCAGUGGGAUGAGGACGAAAUGGAUGAGCUCGAAACAUGGCUUUCGAUGAAGGUUUUUGUUGACUUGCUUAUUGGCUACGGCAGUCUAAACAGCCUGCAACAGAUUGGUUGGGUUGAGUUGAUCGCCACCCUGAACCCACAGGAUAGCACAAAUGGGUUUGGAUAUGGCCUCUAUCCCUGCAAUGUCCAGCGACUGUGA